AAAAUGUUAUUUAUUAAUUAAGAAGCACCUAUUUGUGUCAUACCUACAAAAAGUUAUACUUUAUUUGGCUCAAUAAUGAUUUGGGCAGGUUUACUUGUUUCCAUUAUAAUUACGCCUGUGCUUUGUCAUGAUUCAGAUAGUACAUAUCAAAAACUAGGGUGUUAUAGAGAAAAUUCUGAAGGUGUAAUUUUGUUUAACUUAAGGGACAAAAUCGAUUGGCUUAAUUUUCCUACGUUUGUAAAAAGAAACUUAACGUUGCCAUGCGUGCAGAUAGCAAAAAAGGAAGGCUAUACUUAUUUUUCAAUUCGAUUUUAUGGUACAUGUGUUGGAUUUAAAUCCUUUGAUGCAGCUAGAGCGAAGCUGAACAGUUGCAGAGACACUUCAUAUUUUUGUCAAAGUUGUGAUGACCUAUCAGAUUUAGAUUGUGUUGGUACUGAUUGGAGUGAAUAUGUUUAUUUAGUUCCAAUAGAUGGUGGUUUCAGUGAUUGGUCAGAUUUCAGUGCUUGUUCAAAGACAUGUGGUGGAGGUGUACAAACAAGAACACGCGAAUGUGAUAAUCCUAAACCACAAAAUGGAGGCAAAGACUGUAUUGGAAUGAAAAUGGAAACCCAAGGAUGUAAAAGCAAUUUCUGUCCUGGCCCUGAUGGUGUCACAAAAGCUCAAGAACUUGUUGAGAAUUUUUUAAACAAAUUUUAUGUUGCAGCGAAUCCAGGAAAAUCAAUUUCAGGUAAAUCUUUGAAGGCAAUCUUUGAAAUUCAAAAAGCUGUUGCUGCUGAGUUUGUUUCAGUUGACCCAACAGCACGAAAGCCUGUUGAAACUUUGUUAAAAGAAUUAGAAGAAUUUUUAAUUACUGCUGCUAAAGGAGGUUCUAUCGAUUUUGCUCGUGUUACUCUUGGGAAAUCUUUGUUUAAUUUCAUGAAAAAAGAAAUAGCUGAAGGGCAUCCAUUUAAUGAAAUAAAUAAAGCAUCAGAGGGGUAUUUAAAUAAGAUUAAGUCUGAAAUUGGUGAUGAAAAAUUUUCUCAAAUAAUUUCAAGUCAAGGGGCUAGUACUUUAAUGUUUGUAAUGGAUACAACUGGAUCUAUGUCUGAUGAAAUAAAUGCUGCAAAAGGAAUUGCAAAGGCAAUUAUUGAAACAACUCGAGAGUUUCCUGUUGAUUACAUACUAUCACCAUUUAAUGACCCUGAUCUUGGGCCAGUUGUUUACAAAAGUGAAAAGCAAAGAGCUGAAGUCAUAGAUGCGAUCACUAACCUUCCUAUUUAUGGUGGUGGUGAUUGUCCAGAACUAGCAUUUGGUGGAAUGUUAAAUGCUUUUAAUAAAGGACCACAAUACAGCAGUCCUAUGUUUGUUUUCACAGAUGCCAGUGCUAAAGAUGAUUCUAGAUCAAAUAUUGAUGCCUUGAAAAGUGCUGCAUCAUCAUAUUCCUCGCCUAUCACAUUUUUUGCAAAACCUGAUGGUUGUGGAUCUGGUAUAGAUAGUUUUAAAGAGAUUGCAGAAUACACAUCAGGUCAAAUAUUCCCCCUGAAAGAUGAAAAGGAAAUAAUGAGUUUUACAGAAUAUGUGAAAAGCAGUUUGCAGCAAGAUACAGUCAUAGCAUCAGGUGAAACAUCAAAGGAUGAUAAUACUAAAAGAGAAGCGAUAACUAGUUAUGACUUUUUUGUUGAUGAUGGCAUUGAAAAGAUUAUUGUAUCUGCUUCCACUAGCGCAUUAAAUACAGUAAACCUGAUUGAGUUACAAUUUGAAGAUGGCAAACUAGCUUUACCCAGUACAACAACGUCUAUGGCGAAGAUUUACCAAUUAACAAGUUCUAGCAAAGGGUUUUAUGGUAAAUGGACCCUUAAUCUUCCAACAAGUGCAGGAGAUUUCAAGUAUAGUGUUCAAGCGGUUUCAAAUGACCCUAUCGAAUUUUCUAUUUCUUUUGCUUAUCAACAACAUCCCGCUAAAAAUAGCCCUGUCCAUCUUUUUAGCGACCCCAUCAAAGGUUUGGAAAAUAAUAUGAUUGUUCGAGUUGCUGGCAGAAAUAUCAAUUUAUCUACUUUUAAAUGUCAAGUUCGAGGAUUGAAAGGCACCGUGCUUUUGGAUUUAUCUUUAUUCAUACAAGAAAACGGAGUGUUUUCCGCUAAAAUUACCCCUCCUAAUUUACCGUUCAAACUAAAAUGUUAUGGUCUUACUAUAAAUGGAUCAAAUUUUGAACGUAUAUCUCUUGGAGUCUUGAAAGCUAAAACUACUUUUAUGGUUCCCAUGUUUGCUGGAAAUAUGUUCACCGCCCGAUUAUCUAAUUCUGUUGAUGCUCAAGUUAUGCUUUUCAACUUUGAUAAUGAAGAGUCAAUUACUUUUACUGUAAAAGCAAGCCACGGAAGCAUUUCACCAGCAACACAAUUUUUGACUAUUAGAAGAAAUGGAUUUAUACAAUUCAAAUAUAACGCACCCAGUGAAUCGAGUCUUGUUGGAACUACAGCCCGAAUAACAGUUAGUGCUCAACGUGAUGUUUCAAAAGAAGAAUUUUCGUCAACGUUUAGUGUAUUAAUUGUUUAAAAACUUGUUUUGUUUAUUUUUGACGUUCUUAAUUUUAUGUAAUCUAUUAUUUGUCAAGAAAAAAAUUUAGAUUAUUUCUUUGUCCA